UCUGUUUCCGUUGUUAUCUCUGCCAGGUGUCAUAAUGGCAGCCUCUGGAGGUGGGUCAUUGAAAUCACUUCCGGCUAAUGGGUUGCCAGCAUUAAAGAUGGCUGAAUCUGUUGUGGAAAUAGUAGAGAAACUGCAGUCUCGCCUUUCCUUAUCUCAAGAACCUAAAAAGCUAUUGAAGACAUUGAAAAGACUUUCAGAUUUGCCUAUUACGGUUGAUAUCUUAGUAGAGACUGGAAUUGGGAAGUCUGUGAAUGGACUUCGAAAGCACAGUGAUGUGGGAGACUAUGCAAAGACACUUGUGGGAAAGUGGAAGAAACUUGUUCCUCAGGAUGAAGAACGACCCAGUUAUGAAUCGGAAGCUCAGGAGCUACGAAUGUAUGAGAAAGUGAACUCUCAAAAGAGACCUCGAGAGAUUGAAGAGGAACUGGAUUACAGGGAGAGUUAUGAAUGGCCUCAUGAUCAGAGCUUAGGACAUGAAAACAAAAAGCCAAAGACUACUUCUGAAAGCAAUAAAUUUUGCAAGUCAGGCAAGUAUGGUGGUCCAAAGGAAGAAUUCAGUUCACAAAUUGAGGAUGAAGAAGAAGAGGAGGAAAUGGAUGAGGAGGUGGAUUAUGAUGGUGGUUGGCAAACACCUCCGUCACCUUCCCCACCCCCUCCCCCAAGUUCUCAUAAGUCCCAUAAGGACCAUUGUAGUAACAAUGCCAAGUAUGACAGAGUUAGAGAAAAGCAUGUUAGCAGUUCUUUUGCCAAAGAAGAAUAUGAUAAUGGCUCACAGCAAAAACUAGAAAAGGUACGUGAAAAGGGUUACAGCAAAACUGAUGCUUUUCAAGUGAAGGAACACAAGUCUUUGUCCAAAGAUAAGCAUCAGCAUCGUGACAAGAGCAAGCAUUUCAGUUCAGAGAGUCAGGAAAAAAUAUCUAAGUCCUCAAAUAGGGAACGACACCAGCAAUAUGAUAAUAAAGUAGAAGAAAAAAUCAAACAUUCCACUUUUGAUUUCCAUGACAAAAUGACCAAGCCCUUUUCAAAAGGCCUACCUGAUCAUAAAGAAGAGGAGUUGAUAUCCUUGGGAGUCUCAGGGAAGGAAAAAAACAGGAACACAGAGAGCACACAAAAUGUUUCUAAGAGGGAUAAAUCUCAGGAGUGUGUUUCCUCAGUGAAGAACAAGUCAAGGCCAUUCCAGGACGAAAUAUAUGAGCGUAGUGGAGGUUCAAGUAAAGAGAAAUCAAGGCCUCGUGAGGAAUCAUCUUUAGAACUACAUGGGAGCUACAAUAAGGACAAGUCACGGAUUCAUCUUGAAGAAGCCUCAGAAUUGAGUAGGAGCCACAGUAAAGACAAAUCACGACUUUGUUUCGAGGAAGUCUCAGAAAAGAGCACAAGUUUUAUUAAGGACAGGUCACAGCACCAUAGGGGAGAUCUUUCUGAACAGGUUGGGAGUUGUAACAAGGACAAGUCACGGUCUCAUGUAGGGAAUACUUUGGAUCAGAGUGGACAUUACAGUAAGGACAAGUCUCAGCCUCGUCUUGUUGAAUCCUUGGAACAGAUUAGAAGUUAUAAUAAGGAGAAGUUACGGCCUCAUCUUGAAGAAGCUUCAGUGCCAAGUAGGAAUUUUGGUAAGGAUAAGACACGACCUUAUUUAGAGGAGAGCUCAGAUCGAAGUGAGACUUAUGGCAAGGAGAAGUCAUGGUCUCAUCUGGAGGAGUCUUCAGAGCAAAGUGGGGGCUAUGGUAAAGGCAAGUCACAACUUCGGCUGGAAGAAUCCUCAGAGCAGGUUGCCAGGAAGCACAAACAGAAGGAAUCAGAAAAAAAUAAACUUGAUUCUAGUGACACAGUCAAAAUUCACAGUGAGAAGCUGAAAAUUGACAAAGAGAGGCAGAAAACUCAAGAAAAGUCAAAACAGAAAACAAAAGACUCAAAUGAGCCAAGUUCAAAAUCCAAGUCUUCUCAGUCAACUGAAGAGAAGAAAUCUUUGAAGAUUGCCACUGUGCCUAAGAUAGAAUCAGAAGAUGUAUUUGAAAAGCCUACUAUGUCUUUUGAAUCAUAUCUGAGUUAUGACCAGCCUCAGAAAAAGAAAAAAAAAGUCAGUAAGCCAGUAGGUUCUAGUGCUGACAGGAGCAAGGAAACAAGUAAACAGAAUGACAAACAAAAUGACAAACAGAAUAACUCUACUUCAGAGUCUAAGACUUCAUCACAGAAGGAUCAUGCAGUCAGUUCAAAAAGGGAGGAAAAAAAGAGAGACAAAAAGGAAUCCUCACCUAAAAAAUCAAAGAAGAUAGUAAUUGAUGUAGUUCCUACUUUACCAGAUAUUCCACUUCCUCCCAUCCAACCAAAUUAUCGUCCACUUCCCUCCAUUGAUGUGAUACCACUAUCACCUCCGAAAAAAAGAUCUGCAGUUCCUAUCCCGGAAGAGGAAGCAACGCUGUUUACAGGCCGCAGACAGAACUCCAAAAUGCAGGUGUACUCUGGCGCAAAGAUAUCCUAUCUCCCACGGAUGAUGUCUCUGUUUGAUCAGUGUAUCAGAGUCCUUCAGAAUAAUGUGGAGUCUAUCCAUGAGGUUGGAGGGGUUCCGUUUGACAUUUUGGAACCAGUGCUGGAAAGGUGUACUCCUGAUCAGUUGUUUCGUAUAGAGGACUGCAACCCUGUUUUUGUGGAGGACACAGAGGAGCUUUGGAGGAGGCAUUGUGUGAGGGACUUCAAAAAUGAGGAGCCUAUGGACGAUGAGACAUGGCGGGAUAUGUAUUUACGGCUGCAUGAAGAGAGGGAAAGAAAAUUGCAGUUUUUGACUCGGAACAUCAGCAAGGCUCAUGCUAACAAGCCAAAAGCCCGUCAGGUGAAAAUGGCUUUUGUCAACACAGAAGUUAAGCCACCCAGGGAUGUUCGACGGCGGCAAGAGAAAUAUGGCACUGGAUCAGCUGCUGUUCCAGAGAAACACAGGGUAAAGCCUUUUUUCAGCACAGGAACCAGUAGCAGCAGCAGCUCCAGUACCAGCCAUGGAAUCAGCAGCAGUGUUGAUAGCAGCCAUUUGACCAGUCACAGCAGCAGCCACAACAGCAGCAUCACCAGCACUAGCAGUUCCAGCUAUGACAUAGACAGUAGUUCGUAUGAUGGCCCCAGCACAAGUGGUGGCUACUCCAGCUCAUCUGCAAACAUAGCUUCACCAGCUGGUCAGGACUUACGGAAACCAGCUGUAAAAAAAAUUGCUCCAAUGAUGGCCAAGACUAUCAAAAUUUUUAAGAAUCGCUUUUUCCGGAGGUGAAAUACUGGAGAGGUGCGUCACAAGGGUAUGCAUUGCCAGCCUGCUCCUUCUGAGUAUUGCCAACGAUGGCCUGCCAUUCAAGGGUUGUGAUGAAGAGGUGCUGGCUACUGUUAUUGAUUUGUAUAAUAGUCUCAGCAAGGCUGCUUCAAAACCAGUAUUUUUAGCUGGCUGAAAAGAACCCAAUUAAAUGUCCCUUGUGCUUAGGGGCACGGCCUAAUCUCUUGCUGUGUGCAUUAUGUCCUACGCAGAUUUCCCUCCCACAGAAGUAUGACAAUAUUCCAAAAGUAGGAAGGCAGACUGCUGGUGCAGUACUAAGACACUGUUAAAAAUAUGCUUUUAGCAGAACUUCUGACUGCAGUGUUGCAGUAUCUGGUGAAUGUACUUGCAUGUAGGCCACUUCAAAGAGAUCAGAAGCUUUCUGAAAGCCAGCACCAUGUUUUGUUAAGAGCCACCCUGCCACAAAUGCUUCUGCUUUCAGAAUGUUCUUAAAUGUUUUUAUGUGUAAAAAUCUUGUACACAAGGUUUAAAAAAAGAUUUUAAACUUUAUAUACUAUAUCCAGAUAUCUGGCUGUUACAAGUGCCCUUUCUCAUCAGAUAAUUAUUUAAUAGAAUGCAAAUUUCCUUUUAGACAUGCAGUUUGAUUCUUUGCAUCUAAGUAGCAACAUACAAUGCCAAAAUAUUUCAGAUGUUCAAACUUACAAACAUUUAAGUGAAAUUUAUCUAUUGCAGGAAGAAAAGCUUUAUAUGAUCAGAAAUACAUGUGAGAAUCUUUUAGUAUAUAAUUAAAAUGUUUCCAAUGAUGGUCUUUUAAAAGCUGUUAUGCCUUUGAUUGAGUACCCUGUGUGUCUGAAAGGAAAACAAAAUUAAUUUUAAAACCAUGUUCACUGUUCCUUGUAAAUAAGUGGGGUUUGGGUGGGUAACAUAUGUGUUGUCUUCUAAUUUAAGACGUAUCAUGAUAUUGUAUUUUAUGUACUCAUGUUGGAGUUAUCCCUUGCUUUUAUUAAGAAUAUUUAAAAUUGAUGAGCCCACAAAUAUUCCUACUCACUGUGAAUGGUACUCCUACUUAUUUUAUUAAUACUGCAUGACUGUGCUUUUUCUCCCACUCCUCACCUGUGGUGCAGGGAUCUGUUCAGUCUACAUGCAUGACCAAACAAAUGUAUGGCAGGCUGUGUGAAUAAGUUAUUAAUCUUUCACAGCUGCAUUUGUUGAUUUUCCUUUGCCAUCUCAUAAAAUGUGUACCUGUUAAGGUUAUAGAAUUCUGUGUUUUGUUACUGAGUACGUUUUGCAGAAGUGAGUAUGUGUGACUCAGAGCUGCGUAGUUUCUCUCUCUACAGAAAGUUUUAUGUAUGUGUUGUACAGAUAUACAUAACUGCAGAAUUUCAUCUCAGUAUUUACUGUAGCACUUCUGCCUUUUGAGAUUCCCAUCUGCAGGUAGCCUGAUUUUGUCUGCUUGCCUUUCCUAGCUUCACCUUCUCCCCAGGGCCUUGACUACACCCUCCCACCAUUAUGAAAGGACAUUGGGGGAUAUAAGAGGUGCAACUGUCAUCUUCUGAUCUUUCGUGCAGUACGGUAUUGUGAGCUGUGCAUCUGUGCUUGUUUUGUAUUGGUCUGGGUCGGCAUUGUUUUGGUUCUCUGUUCCUUCCAGGCUUCUGCCUAGGAACUUACUAACCUGGCUCAGAAUUUCAUGCCUUUUCUGAAGUACAAGCAACCAGCACUGGAAAUGCCCAAGAUGUCUGUUGUCCCUUCUAAGAGCAUACUGGUACCUGCUCUUGAAGAUUCUGAUUCUCAUGACCCUGAAGCAGAUGAACUGACUUUGGUAGGCCAGAUCCACUUUGCUGGUGUAUAGGAGUCAGGCACUGAGGACAGUUUUAUUCUGUACUUUCCCACCAGGAAAUUUCUCCUUUGGGGACAUAAAAUUAAGUGUCCCAGUGGGAAGCCAAGGAAUAUUCCAAGGCCCAGCUCAGAUGUAGGACUUUCAUGGGCAUGUCUGAGCCUAGAGUACUUGCUGUCCAUCCAGUCAUGGAUGGUCCUGGAGGGCAUGCUUAUGAGUGCAUCUGUGUAACCAGAUUCCAGCCCCCCCAACCCCAAGGAAAUCUGAUCAUUUCUAUAGGGUUAUGGAUUCUCACAGACCCUUUUAUAAGAAUCCUUUCUCUGAUCCAGCUGUGGUGGCCAUAGACUUCAGUAAAGAAUCUGCUCUGGUUCCACCCAGAAACUAUAUUCCCAGUGACAGGGAACAGGGAGAGUAGGAUAGUCAGCAGCUUUGGAGAGGAGACAAAAGGUUUACACUUUUGCUAUCCUGUCAGAACCUGGAACAUCCAAACCCACGUAAUUACUUUUCAUUAGUCCCUGCCAGAAAAGAUGAGGGUUAAAGCAUCGGGCGGAGGGGUACAUAAGGAUAUGAACCAUGAGAUACUCGAAAUCUGUGACCUAUCAGCUAAGGUCGAAGACCACUCCAGGAAAUGUGGUUAUGAUGUUGUGGAUGCAUUCAGAGACAUGUUUGGUUGAUCUCUUUAAUUCACCCUUGGACAAGGAUCUCCUCUUCGGGGCCCCCUGCUGAUGGAGUAUUUAAGAGACUUGAGGACCAUGCAGCCAGUUAAGCAACUUUUUCAGGCCCAAGCUGCUAAAUUCAGCAGAAAAUAUCCAGCUAAGUCUGGCCAUUAUACCCUAAGCACUGCAAAAACUGGUCAGACAAAGGGGGGAAAUUAAUAAUAAUAAAAAUAGUAAGCAAGAGCUUAGGAGAAGACUGAGGUCCCCUAAGGCUGUGAUUUGACUUCCAGACUCAUCCCGGCUGACCACGCCCCCUUUUGUCCCUUUUCCAUCAGAAGUAGUUGGAGGGUGCUUAGCCUUCUUUAUAACAUUCUUCACUAACAGUACAAGUUAUAGUUUCUCAAAAUCCAAAAUGCAUCAGAAUUUCCCCAGUUCUUAAGGAAUAGUCAGACCUUUUUUUCCUGCAAUGUUAAGUGUUAGAAGAAGUUCAACAGGUUGGAACCGUAAAGAAAGCCCUUUUUGGUGAGUAAGGUGAAGGUCUUUCUCCAGACUGUUUCUUACGCCGAGAAAGGAAGGCACAUGGGCGCACUCAUUCAGAUAUUUCACACUUGAACAAGUUUCUCAUUGUUUUAAAGUUCAGAAUACAACUCUGCAAAACCUGUUAACUUUACUGCUACCUUAGGCACUCAUGUUCCCGCUAGACCUAAGAGAUGUGUACAUCUACAUCUCCAUAGGCAGUUCUUCAGGAUCAUGAGCAAUGGAAUACAUCUUUGGCUUUUCUGCUGCACCCACAGUCUAAUACAUGCAUGGCUUCAGUAACUGCUUUCUUUAAGACAAAAGGCAUCCAAACCUACCCUCAGCUAGAUGACUACCUCAUUCAGUUAAAAUGUGGAAUUCACACUGAAUUUGCAUCAGUGAUCUGGGUCUCACCUUCAAAAAGAACAAGUCAUGUCUGGUCCUUUAAGGAACCUAGUAUUCCUGAGGGCACACCUAGACGCAAUCUAGCACAAUGCCAUCCUCUUGGAGGACAGAAAUUCUUACCUGUAUCUCUGCUUCUAGAUGAUUUUGCAGCAGGAAUCGUUAUCAGCAAGAGAGUUACUUAAGAGUGUUAGAUUGCAUGGCAUCCUGCUUUAUAGUGGCCUUUAGCCUAACUGCUCAAGGAAGCUUCAGUGGUGCCUCAAACAUUUGUAGUGUCAGCACAUCCAAACCUUGGAGAGCAGAAUUUCUGUUCUCCUUUGCAUCAGAAGAUCUUAUGGUUGACAGUACAGUGCCAUCUCAAUCACAGUUUGCUUUUCAGGGCAGUCUAGCCCCCAUGACCCUCACCAUAGACUCUUCUGAUCUUGUCUUGGGGACUCAUUUUGGCAGUCUGCAAGUUCAGGGAAUUUUGGCCAGAAAAAUGAGGGAAAAGCUUGUAAAUGAAUGAGGACUGUCAUUCUGAUAUUAUAGGCUUUCAACUGAACAUUUUUUUGAAGGGGGGUGAACAUUACAAUACAGAGUACAACUGUGAUUUAUUACAGAGACAGGGGAGAACCCACUUGUCCCUAUUGUGCAGGCUUGCAAGCCUGUGACAUAGCUAUCCCCUCUCAGCAAAAUGUAUUAGCAGAUUAGCAGACAGAAUGAGAAGAUCUCAAGUUCACCUUCAAGAAUGGAUGUUGACCUAAGGUUAUUUUUCUAAAUCUGGCAAGGAUGCGGGUGUAUACCAGAAAGUGAGCUGCUUGUAUCACAUGGAAACAGGCAACUGGGACAAUUCUUUUGCAAAAUAGCAACUCGGAAACUUGGAAGAUAGAUGUGUUUUCCCAGAACUCGGCAGGUCUUUUUCUUUGUUUUCUCUACUAUAGCUUUGAUCCUCAGGAUAUCCAUGAAAGUCAAUGAAAAAAAGGUCAAAAGGCUUUCUGGUAGCUCCCUUUGGCCAAAUCAGCACUGAUUUGGUCUCCUAUGUAGUCUAGCAAGGGAAAAUGAAAUGUCUGUGUGUGUGGACUUUCUAACGCAAACAAAAGGUCCCCCUCAUACACACCAGCCUGGACACUUAAAGGCUGACAUUUUUGCUGGUUUCACAUAAUUUCCAGGUAGACACUUGUAUUCUCAGGAUGUGCUAAAGAUUAUGUGAGACUAGGAAACUGAACAAGAAAAAUCAUGCAUAGCUACAUGGAAAAGAUUUUUCAUCUGUUAACCUGUCCAGAAACCAUGACCCAAACAAGGUUAAUGUCAGUGGUCCUGGAGUACCUGCCAGACUUUUGCAAAACUGGAUCUUAUGUAACUGUCAGCGUGUAAGCUUUGGCUGUAUCAGCCUUCUUACCUAUGGACCCACUGUACUCCAGGCCUUCAGUUAAAUAGUUUAAGGGAAUCCUGUACCUUCUACUACCAAGAAAAGAGAUUGCUCAACCACUACAUCUUAGCUGUGCAUUUGAAAAUUUGACUCUUGCACCUUUUGAACCAGUUUAUUUUGCUUCUCUCUCUCUCUCUUUCUUUUUCUGGAAGACACCAUUUUUGCUUUCAAACAUCAGGCAUUAAUGUGCUGAGAACCCUUCCAUCAGAACAGGGGUGUCCAUUAGUAGUCCCCCUCCUUUUCGCCUAAGUUGAGUUCUGAUACCUUGACCAAUCCAUUCAUUUUCCAGCUCUCUUUCCUAAGCCACAAAAUAGAGGUGAAAGAGCCACUGGUUCCCUUGCUCUGCACAGAUAGCUGAUAAAUAUAUAUAUAUAUAUAUAUUUUUUUUUUUUUUUUUUUUUUUUUUUUACAGAUCAUUAAAAAAAAAUCAGAAAGUCUGAUCAUGUCUUUGUCUGUUUGGUAAAGGUGAAAGAGGAAAAGCCAGUAAACAUGCAAACUUGCUCUUUAAAUGGCUUGCUCAUUGUGCUUCAUACUGUUACACAGUUCAUGGCAGAUGUGUUCCAGGGCAUGUCCAAGCCCAUUCCACUCAAGCUACUGCAACUAACACAGGCUUCCUUAGAUGGGUCAGCAGACACGUUUUUAUAGAACCUGCUUGGACCUCUGUUCACACUUUCUCUAGGCAAUACAAUUUAGGUGCAGCUUGUAAAACUAGGGCAGGAUUUGUCUCUACUAUUCUGCAGGGCACUUUCUUUUAAAUAGCUGGCUCUAACCACCCUACAUUCUUUGGUUUUGAGAGUCUUCCUAAAUGUCAGCACUGCAGUGGUGAAUAUUUCUGUGAACAUGGUACAGUUGUUUUAAGAACCUGCCAUAAACAUAGAUGCUAGAGUAUACCACUGUUGUGUUCUAGGUACCCUCCCUCCCUCAUAACCCUUCUUUCUUAUGGUUCUUCCUUAUUCUUUGCACCCUCCCUCUCACUUCACUGCCAGGCUCCCUCCUCCUUUUACGAGAUCCUUUUACUGUUAGAGAAUGGAGAGUGGGGACCAGCUGGCUUACUAGGGUUUUGGUGCAGGGAUCUUCUAACCUGACUUUUAGCUAGGGUAAAAAAGAUCUGAAGAUGGUGUCAGCCAACAUAGCUCUCAUACCACUAAGAUCCUUGCGUAGUGGUGGGAGGGUGUCAGCAAAGGCCUUGGGGAGAUUGUAGAGUCAUGGAAGUCAGGCCAACUAGUUGAACUGCUUGCAGAAAGAAAUCCAAAAAUUCAGGACUGUAACAGUGAAUUAUUUCAAGCAUCUACAUCUAUGGUAAAUUUUAACACAACUGUCUUUUUCCCACUAGGCUGCUGUUGUGUGAAUUGUUUGUUUGCAUUUUGACAUUGUUUUGCAGUAUCCAUUUGCUCCCUGUGUAGCACUUCCUUGGUCCUGUACAUAUGUCUGUGCAGUUCCCUCUUAUCCCUUCUUAAGUUAUUUUCUAGCCAGCACUGAUGUGGGACUGUAGACGGUCUGUGAACUUUUGCACAGCUAUGUAAUUUCCCAAAGUACUGGAGUACAGCUUAGCCAUUCAUCUGUAGGUUACUGUCCCAAAAAAAGCUGAAGUGGCCUUGUAGCUACAUUAUUCCAUAGAAAACUGUUUUGGAUUUUGCUAGAAAUGCUCCCCCCCAGUAGAUUCUCAUUUCUGCAGAAAAAAAGCAAGUACACAGUUUUUGAUGUUAAACAGUCUUUCUGAACAGACUUCACUGUUUAUUUUCCAUGUUGGCUCUGUACUCUCAAGUUGCCAUCGCAACUGGAUAGGUGAAACACAGCUAAGAUACUUUAAUUAGAUGGUAAGUUAUAGUUUUGCAGUAGAAAAGUGCCACUCAAGUUAGGCAUUUGGGCAAAGGAUACUAAAUAUAAGCUGCUGGUAAUUCUUUGGCUUUUGUCCACCUUGACUAUCUCUUGAAUUCAUCAGUGAACUGUAAAUGAAUUUUACUUUUAUUGUGAUGUUGUAAAACAAAAUGUAUAAUGAACUAAGUCACUGCUCA